UCCUGUUUCCUGUCGGAAGGAAUUGAAUGUAGCGCAUGCGCUUUACGUAUGUGGAAGUGCUGGACAGUGAUAAACAAGCAAAUAAAUCAGACCAAAACAUUAACUGUUAUAUUGUACUCCACAUCAUGGCAGUGAACGCGGUACAUUUAGAGUCAGACGCGUUUCUAGUGUGUAUGAAUCAUGCUCUGAGCACGGAGAAGGAGGAAGUAAUGGGGCUCUGCAUUGGCGAGGUGGACACAAACCGCAUCGUACACAUUCAUUCUGUCAUUAUUCUGCGUCGAUCAGACAAGAGGAAAGACAGAGUGGAGAUUUCCCCAGAGCAGCUGUCAGCAGCGUCCACUGAAGCCGAGAGGUUGGCUGAGAUGACCGGACGUCCCAUGAGGGUUGUGGGCUGGUACCACUCUCAUCCACACAUCACUGUGUGGCCAUCACAUGUUGAUGUUAGGACUCAAGCAAUGUAUCAGAUGAUGGAUCAGGGCUUUGUUGGACUCAUCUUCUCAUGCUUUAUAGAAGAUAAAAACACAAAGACUGGCAGAGUUCUGUACACCUGUUUCCAGUCAGUACAGGCCCAGAAAGGCUCAGAGUAUGAGCGGAUUGAGAUCCCAAUCCAUGUAGUCCCACAUGAAGCCAUUGGAAAAGUAUGUCUGGAGUCUGCCGUGGAACUGCCCAGAAUCCUUUGUCAAGAAGAACAGGAUACAUACAGAAGGAUUCACAGUUUAACUCAUCUGGAUCCAGUCACAAAGAUACAUAAUGGAUCAGUGUUCACUAAAAACCUGUGCAGUCAGAUGUCGGCCAUAAGCGGCCCGCUACUGCAGUGGCUGGAAGAUCGACUGGAACAGAAUAAACAAAGCAUCAUCAAACUCCAGAAAGAGAAAGAGCAACUGACACAAGAACUGGCUUCAUUAUAAGGAGAAUAAUAGGAAGCAAUGAGAGUUUUAUCAAAAUCCUUAAAAGCCUCAUUCUUUUUUUCAUUCCUUUAUGUUUUUCCACUGAAAUCAUUGGCUUUUCUGCCCCUUUUGGAUUAGAAAUCACUGGGAGAGUAAAGAAAGGAUGUCUGUAAUUUUGACAUUUUGUGAUCUCAGUGCGUAUCUAGUACUGUGUCUUCCAGCUAAAUAUUUAAAUUAUGAACCCUCUUAGUACUGUGCACCAUUACAAGAGUGUUUUACUCUUUUGUAACAUUUUAACUCAUCCAUCAGGUUCUGGUUUUUGUCAUGCAUACAUACAUAUACAAGCUGUUUUACAAGCUGUUCUCGUUUGUUGACAUUGUAGUAUGUAUACUCACUGAAAACCAUAAAAUUACAAAAUGUGGAUGUUCUUAAAAAGGUUUUUUUUUUUUUGGAUUACUUAUUUGAUGGUCAUCAUAAGUGUUCUGUGACAUUAUUUACUGAUGCUGUUUCUUAAAUAAGCUGUAAAUCUCUGAAUGUAUAAACAUCCCAAUUUAAAAUGACAAUGUAAAUCCCUGCAUAGAA